AUGGCGUCAGAUAACACUAGUCGUAACUUGAAUGAUUUACGUGUAUCAGAUCUUCGUGAAGAAUUAGAGAAACGUGGUUUAGAUAAAACUGGAGUGAAAUCGGUGCUUGUUAAGAGAUUGCAGCAAGCCUUGUCUGACGAAAGUGCGAAUUCUGAAUAUAAAGUAACAUCUGAUAGUGUACAGAUUGAAAACGCAGCAAUGGACAAAUCUGAAAAUUUGAAUACCGAUGUGGUGUGUGUAGAAGAAAAUGAACAUGCAGAAAUUAAUCCAGAUGAAGUUGAUCCAAAUGAUAUGGUAGUAAAGGAUGAAUUAGAUGCUUCUAUUGACGAAAAUGACGCCAAUGAGAACACUGAAAAAGAAGAAAAUAUGGAGCAGGUAGAUGUUAAGGAAGAGGAAGAGGAAGAAGAUGAAGAAAAAUUUGAAAAAAUGGCUGACAAUCACUAUGAACUAAAAAAAUUAGAAGUAAAGGUUGAAGAUUGUGCAUCUAAGAUACGCCCUGGCCCUGCUUGCUCAAAAUUGAAUCAUCCAACAUUGGUUACUAAGGCUAAAUCUGCAAGUAACACAGCAGAAAAUAAACCUGAUAUCAACCAAGGUGAUCAAGACGAUUCAAUAAAUUUAACCAUUGGGGAAGAUGAAGAAAAAUUAUUACAGGAAGCUGUAAAUGCCAAAAAGCAGUCAAAAUCUUCGUCAAACAGUGUCAUGCAAGAACAGGUGUCGGCUAAAGAUGUUCGGUCAUCAUUGAAGGAAGAAAAUAAUCAAGGGCAAACUGGUGAUGUGUCGAUCAGUGAGGAGUGUGGGGAUAGUAGCACAGUAUCAGCAGCAGAGAAGAAAAAUGAAGAUGAAACUACUGAUAGCAAAAGCCAGCAGCUUGAUGCCGUUUCUUCUAGCUCAACACCUUCUAAAUCUACGGGAAAAGACGAUAAAGAUUCUCAGAAAAAGUCGAGCAAUAGUAGUACCAGCCGGAAUUUGUGGGUGAGUGGUCUUGCAAGCAGCACUCGUGCCACUGAUCUGAAACAAGUAUUCUCCAAAUAUGGAAAAGUGAUUGGAGCCAAAGUUGUGACUAAUGCAAGAACACCUGGUGCUCGUUGCUAUGGUUAUGUGACAAUGGCUACUAAUGAAGAUGCUACUAGAUGUAUUCAUCAUCUUCAUCGAACGGAGUUGCAUGGGAGAAUGGUUUCAGUAGAGAGGGCAAAGUCCGACAAUGCCGUUCCUGCUAAAAAAGAGUCUGGAAAAGCUGAUGUUGAACAUAGUUCUAAAAAUGACAGUGCUGAAAAGUCAGUGAAAACAGAAAAUAAAUCUGGUGAUACUUCUUCUGCAACAAAUGGAACGGUGCAAUCUGCUGAGGGAGCAAAAGAUCAAUCUGAAAAGACUACUGAAGGAGAUAAAAAUAAGAAGGCAAAAAGUGAGUCCAAAACAGAUGCAAAGACAGACAGAAGUUCAUCAAGAAAAUCUCGUUCUAAAGUUAGUUCAAAGUCAAGGGAUCGCGAUCGCUCUCCAAGAAGUAGAAAAUUAAAAUCAGAUACUUCAAGGGAACGCAAGAUGCAAGUUUUAUCCUUUCAGCAAAUUAGAGCUGAGCGUGAAAAGCAAAGAAUUCGGGACCGAGAGCGCGCCCUUCGUGAAGAGGAACGCAAACGGAGAGAAGAACAACAACGGAAUCGUGAAGUUGAGCGUUGGCAGAGGGAAGAAGCUGCCCGUUUGGCAAAGGAGCGCGAGAAGUUGCAACGCGAACGCGAGAAGAUUGAACGCGAGAGAGUUGAAAUACUGAAACUGGAACGAACGCGCCAGAAGUUGGAGCGGGAGCGACUCGAGUUCGAACGCAUGGAACUCAAGAGACAACAGAUGAAGAUAGAAGAGGCUCGAAUGGCCGCUAAACGAUCAGCAUUAGACCGUCGUGAUCCAUACCCUCCCGGUCACGACGAUCGAAAGCGUCCAACUUUGGGCGAGCGCAGAAUGGAACCACCACCACCACCGCGAUUUGAUCAAGUGUCCACCAAUGUUGGGGGCCCGGGACAAAGUAGAUCAGGGGCAGGAAAUUACGGAGAAUCUAGCGAUUUAAUGUCAUCUAAAAAGCGAGACUACGGCGGAAAGCGCGAUGACAUACGAAAGAACGAUGCUCGGGGCGCUGGCGGUGAUUUUAAACGCGGCUCUGACUUUGAUAUAAUGCCCAGGCACUCUAGUGGAAGUGGUGGACAUAUGAUGCAUCCCAGUAAGUCCGAUAAAACUGUUUCAGGUCAUUCAUCAUCUCAUCAAGGAAAUCUUAUGAAAUAUCCAGGCCAAAAUUAUGAUGAUCGUGGCAGGGAUAACUCUGAUAUAAAUUCAAGACAAGAUUCAGGUUCUGGUGGACCUAUGCAAUCAUCACGUUCAAAGGAUUCUAGUCGUUAUGCCGAUCGUUCAGCCGAUAGACCUUCCGAUCGCGGAUCAGGCAUGUCUUACAGGGGUGGUGGAGGGGACAGAGAUGCAGGCCGAAGACCUGUAGAGACUCCUGAUCACAGAUCUUCUUCAGGAGGAAAAAUGGCAGUUCGCGGCAAUAGCAGAGAACGCCGAUAUGUUGAUAGUAGUAUGAAAGAUAAUGGGCGUUAUAGUGAUCGACCCAAUUCAUCAUGGCACUCUGGGGGUGGAUCAUCUUCUUCAAAGCCUUAUGGCAGUGGUGGGAUGAGCUCUUCGGGGUCAGGCAUGGGCUCUGGUCAGAAUAUGGUUACAAAUAAUCCAUGGGCAAAUGAUUCUCGAUCAAAACCUUCAUCCCAAAAUCAAUCAUCUACAUGGCGCCAAGUGGACAAUUCAUCCUCAAAUGACAGGUAUGAAGAGAGAUAUGUCAGCAUUUACAAACAAGGCCAUCCGGUCAGCGGUAUGGCUGGCAAGGGUAAUGUAACUGUUAAUACCUUCACCAGGGACUAUCUCAGUAAGACGAUGCCCCAGGCACGAAAUAACAAUGUUCAGAGACAAGUGUCGUCAUACCAGAAAAGUAGUUAUUAUUAAGUUGUAGUUUAUUUUUAAUGAAU